AUGACACGUUUCGGUCCACCAAAUGAAGGUAUAUAUAUUCUUUCGAUCAAAGAAGCACCUGAAACCAAUGCCCAAUUAAUUAAUUUUAUCAAUCAAUAUGAACACGAAUUGAAUUUAUUAAUGGAAAAAUGUGGGAAAGAUACUGAAAAGUUAUGUAAAAAUGAGAAAAAUAGAGUCGAAGCGGUCCUGAUAUUUCUCGAUCAUCUGCGCACCAUCUAUCAGCAGAACAAUCCAUUUGGAAUUAAAAAUGGUGGUGGUGGUGGUGAAAGUGAAGCUUUAAAAAAAAAUAAAAAAAAAAAUAAAAAACGAAAAAAAAAAUAUGUUCCAAGUGCAUAUGAUCUUGUUGAUCAAACUUAUGAUAGAUGGAUGAGAAUUGAUCGAAAUAAUAUCACAAAUGAACCAAAUAUCAACUAUGGCCUUGCAACGGGUAGUGACUAUUUCGGUUUUGUUCAAUUGGUUCGUUCAUCAAAUAUAAAUGCAAGAUAUACAUUCGAUCCAGCUAUUCAUGGAAAUACAGGUUCAUAUCCACUUUAUCAUACAUCAUAUGAAGUCUUUUCGAUGAUGAAAAAAUUUAUUGAUCCAGAUUCUACAGCACAUAGAACAAUGGGACAGUUUAUGGGUGUUUUAAUGUUACUUUUAUCAGAAACACCUGUUCUUCAAUUAAAUGUUACACGUUAUACAUCUGCUCUUAGACAAGCAAUGAAUAAUCUUAAAAUAAAUGAUUCUACAAUUCUUAAUCCACUUCGAAGUGCUAUUGAUGAUUUUGAUAAAACUGCUCAAGAUUUUGUUCGGCGAUCCAAAUCGAUGGAUACAGAAAAUCCAUAUAUAAUUCGUGCAUAUAAUGAUCAAUUAUUACAAUUAGAACGUGCAUUUCUAAAUCCAUUAGGACAAGAUAGUGACCACACUGAUUUUAAACAUGUCGUUUAUGCUCCAUCUAAAACUAAUCAAUAUGGUGUAGUUGGUUUUCCUACUGUUCUAGAUGCAAUUGCUAGUGAUAACAAAACAGAAAUCAAUAAUCAAAUAGCCAUAGCUACUUUCUUUGUACGUGGUGCUUCAUCCACACUAAAAGAAUUUGAUAAUUUUUGCUCGUAA